CUCUCCCUAUUUCACAUAUACUUUAUCAAACAAUUUCUAUGAAGCAAAAAUCUUUAUAGUUUCUGAAUCAACAACGGAUGUAAACAAAGCAUUAUCGUUCAUUCGUUCAGUCAAAUUCCACCAUCAAUAGAAAAAAUACAGCGAUUAUUAGAACUUUGGAAUAUUUACUUUGUUCUGUGCGGCAUUAUUUAACAGUAAGUGUUCAGCACGCAUAUCAGAGGCCCCUACUAGAGAAUCUCUUGAAAAUUUAUAGAGCUAUGCACGUCACGUGCAGUCUGUUUUACAUGUAGGAACUGACAAUACAAUCAACAGAUCAAUGUAUGUUUUGUUGCGUGAUAUACCGGUUUAAUCUCUCAUUAAUCCAAAUUAGCCUUGAUUUCGACUUCUAAUCUGGAUAGCUUCGUCAACACCACGCGGGACAGAUUUGCCAAGAAAAUUGACAUUGUGUGUUUUGGCAUAAUACUCGGCGGAAUAUAGUGGCACUACGAUCUGUACUCUACCUUUUAGCAGGUUAUAAGUUUAAAACUUCUUCUGGAACGAACUCCCUGACGGAAAUAAUUUGAUGAAAUAAAAUGGAUACCAUGUCGCGGAGACUGUGCCAUGUUUUAGCGAUUGCCUUGACGGUGCUAGUAACUGAUUCAGACGGUCAUCUCUGCAUUAUAACUCCUCGACAAAGAGGAGAUCUCGAUAUAUCGACUCCCGGAAGUAGAACCUGUACCCGGCACCAAAGCCCUUGCGGAGGUCAGCCCACCGAAGCGCCAAAGAUGACGUACAUGGGCGGGAAAACCGCUCUCAUCAGGUUCCAACAAAACUUCAACCAUUACGAAGUUGGAUUGCCAGGUUAUAUGGAUAUUUCGCUGGCCCAAAAUGUGAACUCCACAGAUUUCCAAACGCUUACUCUUCUGGGUGAUACAAACGAACACCUUCAACGACAUCAGCGAAAUUACACGGUUCCCGUUGUGAUGCCGAACGUGUCAUGUGACCACUGCGUACUACGCAUGCGCUAUGUGAGCCACAAGGCAGGGGAGGAGAUAUUCUAUCAAUGUUCCGACAUCGCAAUCAAGACUGCCAACUCGACAUCGCUCCUCGACGACGAGGAUCUGGAUAACGAGAUAAGGGAGAGUAUUCCAGUCAGUAUCAAAAGGGCUAUGAACUUGCAUCGGAGACCCAUCACUGUGAAAAGGACCAACACGAACGAUGCCGGUGUCACCCCCAUCCGACCAAAGGCGCCUUCUAAUUCGCUGUACGGCAUCACGUGGGACCCUUUGCAGACGACAGGGAGCAAGCUGGUGAAUAUCGAUUUCAAUACCGGAGCUAUCGAAUCGAGGAUGGGGCUGUACUUCGGCAUGGGCCCAAACGUGCAGUAUGGGACGGUGUCACCGACCGCACCUUCCGACAAAUUUGUCAUGGAUCAGAUCGCCUGUUACUCUCGGGAAAUCCCCUAUCUUUUCCUUCUUGAACAUCGCAACGGGAACCUAGACGCUCGUCCAAACAAAAUUCUGUGGAUCGACAUGUCUGCCAUGGCACUCGCGGGCGAGUACGAGAUCGAGGGGAUAGAAUCCGACAUCCACAUUGCCGCGUUGAAUUCGUACCAAAGGACGAACUUCUUGACAUUUGAAAUCCAACCAACGAAAAACAGUACAGGAAAUUUCACGUUGAUGUUCGGCACCCUGGAUUACAUGGGCAAUCACAUCCAUCUCUUCACCGAGCCGUCGCCCGAAAACCUCUACGUUAAUUUUCUCUGGGCAACCGUCGACCUCAAGCGCCAGAUGUACUACGUUUUGAUGGGCAAUGAGAACGCACCUGUCAAACUUAACUCAAGGAUACACAGCUUCAACAUCACAUCGAGGAACAUCACUUGUAUUACUGAAGUAGAUGUAUCUCAGUUCACCAUCAAUGCAAUCCAGAUAUAUGAAAAAACAGGACAACUGUUUGCUGUUUCACCCGGACUCUUUCCUCAAGAGUAUCCGCCUUGGUAUUUGGUUGAAGUCAAUCCGGUAACCGGCAGCGUCAAACCGGUCACCCAGAUUGCUGCAUCUGGUAUGUUUGCUCCUUAUUAUGGAGGUGCCAUAGUCAACAUAGACCAAACCCACGGCCUCCUCUUUUACAACUUCCGUGUAGCCGACUCCAGGGCCAACAUCAUAGCAACGGUUUCCUUGGAUACGUUUGAAGUCUUCUUCUCCCAGCUCACCUCACUCCAACUCGUCCACAACAUAGCUCACUUCGACGCCUACGCGCCGUAGUACUUCGGACGACUCGGCCCUCGAAAAGUGAUCGGGCGACGCAGAGCGGCACGGAUGAAUUCGUAGGGCAUUUUAGCAAUCACUUCGCAGCCGCUUUCUAAAACACAAAGAAUCUAUUGUCAAAAGCCCUUCAUAACAAAGCAUCUUUUGUCGAAAAUCGGUGAAUCAAAACAGCAGUGUCGUCCUGGUAAACGACACAUUUUUAUUUUUUUCCGGUCCGAAUCUUCAGACGAUGUGCUGUCCCCAGGUUGGCUGUCCCAGCCCACCUACAUGCGACAAUGACCCAUAAUCUGUCCAUUGAGAUUUGACAUGCAUUUUCAAUAGAUUCUCAACGUUGCAGAAAGCAUUAGCGAAUUGGAUGCUAAAAUACGCUAUUAUUACGAGCAUGCCGAUGGGAGCGUGUUAAUUAUCAAUGAAGCGUGCUGAUCAUUUCAAGCCUGAAGGCUGUUUUACAAAGCCGUUCGUAAAGUUAGGCAUGAUUUUACGAACGACUGGAAUAUGAGAAGCCGAAUUCAUUUCUCAUGCACUCAAUUUGAUUAAAAUCCAAUCACAAGUUGCAGCGUGGUGUCGUUAUUCUAUCAAUCACGCUCGCAUGUUUUGGCCACAAUUUGGAUGAGAGCAGUAAGAAUAAUCUAAACUGUCGUAAUUUGUUGGAACUGGAUUUAGAAAAAAAAAUCGGAUCACAUUUAGCACUUCAUAGACCAGCUUUGUGAAACACCCCUACUUGAAAAUCACGAGUGAGCCACAAAAUAUAAAAAGGGGAUAACAAUAAUAUGCAACAUUAUUCUAACGCUUUAAUACAGUACACAUUUUCUUAGCGCUGCAUACUUUGAUAUCCAAACAAAUAGCAAAUUCAAUUACAAGUCAACGAUUCAAAGAUGGAAUUUGAAACUGUGUCUGAUGACGACCUGAAAGCAAAAUAUGCGAUCGUUUUUCAAUUUAUCUUCAUAUUUCCACACCAACUUAAUAGUUAAAAAAAAAAACACCCGAAGUUGUCGAUUUGGGUUACAUUAUGAAAGACAAUUAUCAUGAUGAAUAUGUUGUAUGCAAUCGUUAAAUAAUCACGUUUGUCAUCAUUUUGUUCUUAAGGUAUUACAGAUGAGGGAGAUUAUAUAUUUUGUACAUUUCAAUAAAACAAUUUUAUCAAGUCA